CAAAAACAGACUGAUGCUGGUGUUUAAGAGUCUUUUCAUUUAGUCGCAAACAUGAAGUUCACCUGCGGUUAUUUAAUACUUGCUUGCAUCAUUUACAAAGGCUUCUGUACAACAACGAAAUACUUCACAUAUGAGGAAGACGCGAUUGGUACAGAGAUUGGAAACCUUUCACGGGACUUGAAAAUGGAUCCGACUGAAGACCCAGAGACAUCAUUUAACUUCAUGCAGAAGACAAGCGCAUCCGUAAUUCACAUGAGACAGAUGGACGGACUCUUAACAGUCGGAGAAACCAUUGAUCGGGAACUGAUGUGCCACCGAUCGCCGCAGUGUCUCGUAACUUUUGACGUCGUCGCCUUUUCGAAGGGAAAGUUUCAGCUCAUUCACGUGGAGGUCGAGAUAAAAGACAUAAACGAUCACGCGCCUCGGUUUGCGCGCAACGAGACGCGCAUAGAGAUAACAGAAAACGCGCCUUUGCUCGCUCGGUUCCCCUUGGACAUCGCCGUGGACCGGGACGUCGGGGACAAUUACGUCCAAAGUUACCAAAUUACGCACACGAGUCAUUUCGGUGUCGAGGUCAGUACCCAGGAAGACGGAACCAAAUUCGCUGAACUUGUGCUGAUUAAAGCACUUGACAGGGAAACCGAAGAGUUCUACACACUCGAGGUGACGGCGACAGAUGGUGGGACUCCUCCAAAGUCAGGGUCGACCACCGUUUACAUACAAGUGCUGGACUUCAACGAUAACAGCCCAACUUUUGAACACAGCUCACUCAGAGUGGAACUAAACGAAGAUUCCCCUGCCGGUACGCGCGUGCUGAAAGUUCACGCGUUCGACCCAGAUGCUGGGAUUAAUGGAGAGGUCGUUUAUGGGUUUGUCGAAGGCUCCCCAUCGGAGGUGACGCGCAUCUUCCAGAUCGACCUCAUCUCUGGUGAGGUGACCCUUAAAGACAGGGUCGAUUAUGAGAAAAAGAAGUCGUACGAGUUACACAUCCAGGCCUCCGAUUUGGGCACAAAUUCGGUUUCAUCCUCGUGUCGCGCGCUUGUAGACAUCGUUGAUGUGAACGACAACGCGCCAGAGAUCACCAUUAAGCCCAUGACCUCCACGAGCGACGGGGUGGCGUUUAUUACCGAGGCCGCGGCCGUGGAGAGCUUCGUGGCUCUGGUCAGCACCUCAGACAGCGACUCUGGAACCAAUGGUUACGUGCGCACCAGUUUGCGAGGACACGAGCACUUUAAACUGCAACAAGCCUAUAGCGACACAUUUAUGAUCGUUACGACCGCAACUUUGGAUAGAGAAACAAUUUCAGAGUACAAUCUCACAGUGGAGGCCGAGGAUUUGGGAACGCCACCCUUUAAAACCAUUACGCACUAUACGAUACGCGUCACGGACGAGAAUGAUAAUUGUCCUUUGUUUAGCCAAACCAGUUAUGAUGUAUCAAUAGUAGAAAAUAACAUCCCGGGGUCAUACAUAACUACAACGCUUGCGAAGGAUCUCGAUGCUGGUAAAAACGGAAAGGUGUCAUACAGCCUUGUUGAAGGCAAAACAGCCGAUGGUGCUGCGCUGUCGACGUUUGUGUCCAUAGACCCCGUGUCUGGGUCACUCUACACACUUAGAUCGUUUAAUUUUGAGACUCUUAAAGAAGUCGAGUUUACUGUUAAAGCCACUGACAAAGGCUCCCUGCCUUUAUCCAGUACUGCUUUAGUGCGAAUCCACGUGCUGGAUGACAACGACAACUACCCCUACUUUACAUAUCCCGUAUUAAGGAAUCAUACAGCUGACAUCCCAAUACCCCUGAACGCGCAGGCUGGUUAUCUGGCUUUACGCUUGACCGCGCAAGAUGAAGAUGAUGGAGAAAACAGUGAUCUGAGCUUUCAAAUAGUGGAGGAUGACGCACAACUUUUCUUUAUGAAUAGAAAGAGUGGUGAAAUUGUUUUGAAACAAAGUAUGUCAGCAUCAUGUGGAGACAUUUUGGAAGUCAAGGUUUCUGUUGUGGAUAAGGGCAGAGAGCCUCUUUCAAGCACAGCAACUAUUCGGUUUGUGGUGACGGACACUGGCUCCCAGGAGGACCAGGUAAUUAUUUUACUGCAAUCUAAGGAUGAAGAGACUCUAAGCUUUGAAUUUGGGACAGUUGUUAUUGUUGCUAUAGCAUGUGGGUGCACACUGUUUGUGGUGGCCAUUGGCAUCCUCAUGGUGACUUGCACAAUAAGACGGAGACGGAGAAACUAUGGGAGAGAUGGACUGUACGGGUCAAGCCCUCUUUCUAAGAGUGACACCACCACCUCAGAUUUAUACGGUGGCCCUGAAUGUUUCCUUGCAAAUGAAGUAGAUUCAAUACACCACUGUCUUUAUGAAGGCAAGAGCCUGGACUUUGAGGAGAAGCUUUUCCUGCCAUGCAAACCUUUCGAACAAACAUUUUUAUGGCAAGAUGAAAAAUACUGUCUACAAAGGAGUGGCACCAGCAACACGGAUCAGCUGAGCGUGAAGGACAGUGGGAAAGGAGACAGUGAUUUCAAUGACAGCGAUUCUGACACCAGCGCAGUCGCUCUCAAGAGAAGUCUGACUACAUUUCAACCAGUCAACAGAAGUUCAUUCAACUCUGCAGGAGAUUGGAGAGGCAACGCUGGAGUUAUACAGACUCAGAACAUUCACAUCCCACCCGGGACCGCUUAUACCAUAGGAUUCUCCCCUGCUCCAAUUUACAAUCUGACCCAUGUUCAUUCUCAUCCCUGGAAAGAAAUUAAUAAUAAAACAAAUACAUUACAGACUUUCUCCAGGACUGAAACACUGCUUUCUGCUCAUCAGAUGAGGAGAACGACAGGUGUGACUGGAGAUAAAUCUGGACCUGUGGUCUCAACUACAUCUGAAGUUGCUACAACCUUUUAAAUCUCACUUCAGAUCAGAAUUUAAUAUCCCAAUAACUGCAUUUAUAUGACUGGAGAAAUCCCAUUCUGGGAUUUAUUGGUGUAGAUUAUAAUAACUGUAGCUUUGAAUACUGGACUGGGCAUUUUAUAAAUACUAGGUAAUGUUUUAAGGUCUCUUUAAGAAUGACCUGGGCAAAA